AACGCUGAUGUCACCGCGCGUGCGUGAUCAUGUCUGCCGAUCUCCUCAUUCGCCGUCAAGAACCGGCAGUUGUGGAUGUGUCUAAAGGCAUAGCUGUUACCCCGGACCCUGAUGGAUUGCCACAAGAAAUACCCAACGAAGGAAGUCCCGUGAAAGUGUUAAUGAAAAUAAUACUGGCCCUCGUACUUGCCAUCUUCCUCGUGCUGGGAGGCCUCACCAUGUACGUAUAUGAAGAUGAAGACGACGUUACCGAAAAUACACCUCGUAAGACAACAGGUACAAGUUCAAAGGUCCCUCAAACACCGAGCGACCUUACUACUUCAUCGCCUGCAAACGUGAGUCAACGUGCAGCCUAUGAAGCUGAUGGAAUAUGUCACGAAGUAGUGUUAAUGGACUGUAACAAGGCAAGCCAUGACGUCUGGUACCCAGCUGGUGCAGACUGUUACCAAUGGAGACCAGAGACGCAGUGCGCCAAUAGUGUCGACAGUUUCAGGACUGACGGUGACUGCUUGUCUGCUUGUCUAGAUGGCUGGUGUUCGACCGUUGAGCGGUGGACUGACUUGCGGAGGUGCUUGACAGCUGACAAGCUUCAUCCGUGGUUUUACGCUGAUGGACGAUGUCAUCGCCUCAACGACUCGGAACUUGUCUGUCUAGAAGGAACAAACCGCUUUACCGAUGAGGAACAGUGCAGAGAUGCUUGUCUAAGAGGACCUGGUGAGAAAAUAUGCACGAACCUCGUCCAGAUGAGUCAGAAAGCAUGCGCCGAAGAAAAAGCGUUCCCUUAUAUCUUUUACCCAAAUUCCAGGACGUGUGCCCCUAUCUCCAUCUGUGCAAACACUUCGUUUACGUCCUAUGAGGACUGCAAGCGUCGAUGCUUCCCAUAAUGCUUUUAUUUGUAUUCCUAUAUUGCAACCGGCGAAAAGUUAUGCCGUAUGCUCCACUAGUAUAAAUCCAUGAAUAAAAGCUUCCAUAACGUAUCAUACCGUGAAAGCUGAUGACAGAACAAUAUGCUCCCCCUGAAAAGUCACUAAACUCUUUGGCACACUAGCAAACGCGUAAGAAAUGCGACGGCGGUACAGCAGACGAAGGACGGUGCCUGCGCAGUGACAGUACACACUUUGCAUAAAGAGCAAUGGCAAACCCGACCAUAGGUUCCAAUGGACGUCGUGCAGAAACACGUAACUCUGACCAUCCUCCAGAACACAGCCGACGUAGAUACUAGCGCCGCAUGCGGUACU